UGUUUCUAUCACUAGGAUAUAUUAAAUUUAUUUAAAAUGUGAUGUGAAGUGAUUAAAGUGUUUGUGUAAGUUAUGUGUGUAUGAAGUGUCUUUAUUGUAAGGAGUAAUGCCUAAUCGCCAUUUAGACAAUAUACCCGAAGGCGAGGCUAGCAAGUAUUACAGCUUGCCUCGGCUUAAACGCAAGGAAACAUGGAGGAAAAAAGGGCUGGACACAUGGUUCGGGCGGCCGAAAAAGACGGGCGGUGGGAUCGAAAGAGGGUACGAGACGGUGCCGCGGGGGGCGGAGCCGCGCGCCGAAGAAGAUGAGCCCUCUGCCGCGGCCGAGUAUACCAACAAGAUCGAUGCUCUCGACGACAACCAGCUGCAGCGACGGUUCGAAGAAAUGCUGACGGAUAUGAACAUUAGUGAAGAAAAGAAGGAACCGCUAAGAAAAUAUUCGAGGGAUCAAAAGAAGAAAAUGUUAGUUGCCUACAAAUUUGUUAAUGCACAGGAAGGUCGUUCUAAGUUCGAGAAGCCAUCAGACUAUGUAUCCUAUUUGAAUCAACCAGAGCUGUCAGUGGGCAAGCUUCACGGAUGCUUAGAGAAUUUGAGGAUAGCGCUCACCAACAACCCGUUGUCAUGGAUACAGGAGUUCGGCACUAAAGGCAUCGAGAGUCUACUCACCACGUUAAAUAUCUGUUAUACAAAUGAUGCUCGUUACGACCGCGUGCAGUACGAAUGUAUCAGAUGUUUGUCGGCCAUACUCAAUAAUACGGUCGGUAUCCGCACCGUGUUUGAAUGCCGGGAGGCGCUGCCCGUGCUCGCGCGCAGUUUGGACGCGCGCAAGCCGCACUGCGCACUGGAAGCGGCAAAGGUGCUGGCAGCUAUCUGCCUUAUCCCCAAUGGUCAUGAGAAGGUGCUGGAAGCGAUCACGAUGGCGGGCGAGUCGAGCCGGCGGCCGCGCUUGCUGCCCAUCGUAGAGUGCUUGGAUAAUAAAUCUCCAGAGAGUUUAAAGAAUGGUUGUAUGCAACUGAUGAAUGCCAUAAUCACAGAACCCGAAGAGUUGGAGUUCAGAAUGCACUUACGGAGCGAGUUUAUGAGAACUGGACUCUAUGAUCUUAUUGACGAAUUACGUGCGGCUGCGGAGGGCGCCCGACAGAUUCAGAUGAAUGUGUUCGACACACACGCUUCCGCGGACCAGGACGAGUUCCUUGCCAAGUUUGAUGACGUCAGGGUUGAUUUCAAUGACGCCAAUGAAUGUUACGAGCUGGUGAAGAACCUGGUGAUGGACACGCCGGCGGAGCCAUACCUGCUCUCCAUACUGCAGCAUCUGCUGUUUAUACGAGAUGAUGAGUUAAUAAGGCCGGCGUAUUACAAGUUAAUAGAGGAAUGUGUGACGCAGAUAGUGCUACAUAAAAACGGCUACGACCCGGACUUCCGCGCCACGCAGCGGUUCAACAUUGACGUACAACCACUUAUUGAUGGACUGAUAGAGAAAUCUCGUGCGGAGGAAGAGCGUAAGAUAGAGGAGCUGAAAGGCAAGCUGGAGGCGGCGAUCGCGGCGCGGCAGGAGGCGGAGGCGCGCGCCGCGCACCUGGAGGAGCGCCUCAAGCAGGCCGCCGCCCCCACCGGGCCCGGCGGCGUCUCGCAGGGGAACAUCGCCGCCAUCGCCAAGGCAAUCGGAAGUCCCGGAGGACCGCCUCCACCACCUCCGCCUCCGAUGCCAGGAGGAUGCGGCCCGCCUCCACCUCCACCUCCGCCGAUGCCUAAAGGAGCUGGCGGUCCCCCGCCCCCGCCCCCACUGCCGGGUAUGGGCGGCCCUCCACCGCCUCCACCUCCGCCAGGCUUCGGGCCUCCGCCUCCGCCACCCAUGAUGGGUGGACCACCUCCACCUCCGCCCUUCGGAGGCCCAGCCGUGCCUAGGAUGCCACAACCAGACAUCCUGCCUCAUGGUUUAAAACCCAAGAAGAAGUGGGAAGUGGAAGGUCCCUUAAAGAGAGCUAACUGGAAAACAAUUAUACCACAGAAGAUGUCGGAGAAAGCCUUCUGGGUCAAGGUGCAAGAAGACAAACUGGCGUCUCCAGAUAUACUCACAGGUUUGGCGCAGAAGUUCUCAAGUAAACCUGUCGCUAAGAAGAAUGAAGAUGCUGUCGAUAAAGUGCACACGCUGAAGAAGGUGAAGGACCUGAAGGUGCUGGACAGCAAGGCGGCGCAGAACCUGUCCAUCCUGCUGAGCGGCAGCCUGAAGCACAUGUCGUACGACCACAUCCGCGCCUGCGUGCUGCGCUGCGACACCACCGUGCUCACCGCUGAUGUACUCGAUCUAUUAAUACAGCACAUACCUCCAGCGGAUCAGCUAAAGAAGCUGUCAGAGUUGAAAUGCAAGAGCGAGGAGCUGACGGCGGCGGAGCAGUUCGCGGCGACGGUGGCCGACGUGAAGCGCCUCGUGCCGCGCCUGCGCAGCCUCGCCUUCAGGGAACACUACGCUGAGAUUAUCUCUGAAGUUAAACCGGAUAUAGUAUCGGGUACAGCGGCGUGCGAAGAAGUCAAAUCAAGCGGGAAAUUCGCCAAGAUAUUAGAGCUCCUAUUGCUACUUGGAAACUAUAUGAAUACGGGCUCAAAUAACGCUGGUGCAUACGGUUUUGAAAUAAGCUUCCUUACUAAGUUGACUGCAACAAAAGAUCUGGAAAACAAACAUACACUUCUACAUUAUCUAGUCGAAACGAUAGAAAGCAAGUUCCCUGACGCUUUAACGUUUGCUGAAGAAAUGCCUCACAUAGACAGGGCGGCGAGGGUGUCUAUGGAAAAUCUUCAGAAAGCGCUGAAAAAGAUGGACAAUGACAUAAAAGCAUUGGAAAUGGAUCUGAACAACUCCCGCGUGCCGCAGAGUCCUGAUGACUUGUUUAAUGAGAGCAUGGGCUCGUUCGCGGUGGAGGCUCGCGAGCAGUGCGACCUGCUGCAUUCGAUGUUCCGCAAGAUGGAGGCGCUGUACGGCGAGCUGGCCGAGUACUACGUCUUCGACCCUCACAAGUAUACAUUAGAGGAGUUCUUCUCUGAUAUCAAGACCUUCAAAGAUUCCUUUGCGUCGGCGCAUCAAGAGAACGUAGUAGCGCGUGAGACGGAGGAGCGCGCGCGGCGAGCGCGGGAGGCGCGCGCGGCCGCGGAGCGCGAGCGCCGCGACAGGCAGCAUAGAUACAAGCAGUUUGUUGACAUGGAGCGCGCGCAGGACGGCGUCAUGGACAGUUUGAUGGAAGCGCUGCAGAGCGGCUCUGCGUUCAGCAGAGAGCGGCCGCGAAAGAAAGCCAACCCCAGAGUCGCAGGAGCUGAACGACGAGCCCAGCUGAGUAGGUCUCGGUCCCGCUCCGGUCUCACCGGCCCGCUCACCUCCAGAGAACUCACCAAUGAGCUGCUAAGCAACGCGUGAUGAUACAGUGAUAUUAGUACUGUAAUAUUGUAGUUUGUAAGCGCUUAUAAGAUAUAAUAUUGUAUAUUUAUAUCUUUAUAUGUCCUUGUCAUGUGAUAACUAUGAGGUUUUUGACCUAUGGUGCACUAAAAAAGUUAAACAUCUGUAAAAUUAUGAAUUUAAAAUUGAUAGAACAUAAAGAAAAUGUAAUUUAUAAAUUUUUAAAAUAAAUUAUCUAGUUUCGGAACUGUUUGUGUAGGCACUAUCAAUCUUAACCGGCAGGAGGUAGACUGAAAAAUUUGUGUCUACCCACUCAAUUGAUUUAACAAUCAUUUUUAUGUAAAACAUAUUGUUAUCCCAGUUUUUUCAAAGGAAACGAAAUGGACAAAAUGUUUUAAUACAAAUGGUCCGAUGGAAACCCACAUUAAGUUUUAAAUAAAGUAUAUAAACGUAAAGUAUG